AUGUCGUCAACGUUUAUACGAGGGGGCUUGACAUCGAUCCAAGCAACGCACCGGACUAAGGCAGGUGAAGCAGCGAUGGAUCAGGAGGAUAAGAUGGUUGUGCCUCCAAGGAAGAAGCCUGAGGUAGAGAAGAAACAAAAACCGGAGCAUGAACCUGAGUCGGAGAUCAGAGAAGAAAAGGAGAGUAAAGAGAUGAAGUAG